CAAAUAAUACAAGUGUCAGUGUCACACGAAUGUGCCGUUGAGUUGAGCGUCGCGUUGUAAAUAUUUUGUUUGUAUAAUCUCAUCCGCGCCUAAUUUUCACUUCUACUAUGCUAUGUCUAUAAACUAUAUUUAGUAACUGACUAAAUAUAUACUUAUCACGAUGCCGAAACCAACCUGUGUUCAAUGCAGCAGCAACGACUCCCUGCUGUGGCGCUCGGCCGAAAACGGACAGAUUUGUAACGAGUGUCAUCUUUCUAACACAGCUAGCAAAGAAGGUAAGCCUGAAUCGAGCAUCGUACCGGACUCUGAUGAGAAGAAAGACGACAAAGAUGAUGCAGACAGCAAGAACGGGAAAAGUGAGGGAGAAACUACACCUGCAAAAGCCACUGGAAAGGGAACUAGGAAAAGCACACGAUCAACGCGGUACAAAGCUAAGACACCCGCGCCGACGCCAUCAUCGAAAACUCCCGCAGCGCGCGGCCGCGGGCGACGCAGUAUAUUCAAACGACAACCACUGAAAGCACCGACAGCCACUCCGACUGUGGUGACGAGUGACUCCAUUUUCUACAAAGGCAACUACAUGCAGGUGGGCGACAUCGUGUCCAUGACAGACGUUGAGGGCGGCAUAUACUACGCCCAGAUCCGCGGCUUCAUGACUGACCAGUACUGUGAGAAGAGUGCUGUGGUCACCUGGCUACUGCCCACCAAGGCCAGCCCACCUCCUGAACAAUGCUUUGACCCCGCUACAUACAUCAUUGGCCCUGAGGAGGACCUGCCGCGCAAGCUAGAUGUGAUGGAGUUUGUGAUGCACGCUCCGUCCGACUACUACAAGGCCAACACCUGCCCGUACCCACUCAUAGACACCGAGGUCAACAACUACAGCGGGUGUACUGGCGUGCCUCGACGGGUACAUGAACAUAGCACUGGAACAGACGAGGAGUAUGUGAACGGACAGCUCAAGAACAAGUAUGGGGACGCAUUCAUACGAGGGAACAAUGUGCUUACAUCAGCACACAGAAGAGACGGAUAUAGUACGGAGUCAGUGCGGAGUAUGUUGUGGAAGAUAGGGUUAAGGAUGUGAUAAAUAAAUGUUUGCAAUCUCUCACACUUUGUUUGUACUUACACAUUAUUUAUUUAAACAAAAACUUAACAGUAAAUGAUGUACAGUUGUGGGCAGACUCUAGUUCCACUCAGUGAUGAUUAUUACACCAUGAGUACU